AUGGCAGUGUCCUGCCCUGAAGUAAUGUACGGUGCUUAUUAUCCAUAUCUGUAUGGGCGCGCUGGACCAAGUCGUUCCUUCUACCAAUAUGAAAGGUUCAACCAGGACUUGUACUCGUCAUCGGGCGUUCAGUUGGCCGCCUCCUCAAGCGCCUCUGGCAGCUCUCAUUCACCCUGCAGUCCCAUCUUGCCACCAUCGGUGAGCGCCAAUGCGGCAGCCGCGGCUGUUGCAGCAGCGGCCCACAAUACGGCAGCAGCUGCCGCAGCCGCUGUCGCCAACCAAGCCAGCUCCUCAAGCCUACAACUGGGCUCAGUCGGUGCGUUGGGUGGCGGUGGUGGCAGCGGUGUAGGGGGCGGUGUUGUUGGCAGCAGUAGCGGCGUUUUGGGCAGCAAUCUGGGCAGCCAACUGCCAACCAGCGGCGGCUCAGGAAGCACUGGCCUGGGCAUGAGUCCUGGUCUAGGCGGUGCGCUUCCUAACACACUGCACAGUCGGACGCAUCAAACCAAAGAAGAGGAUCUCAUAGUGCCGCGCAGUGAGGCUGAAGCGCGUCUCGUGGGCUCCCAACAGCAUCAUCACAAUGAAUCAUCCUGCAGCUCGGGUCCGGACUCGCCGCGGCACACGCAUUCGCAUUCACAUUCUCUGCAUGCGGCAUCGGCGGGUGCGGGAGGGGGCGCUGUCGGUGGCGUGGCAUCUGUGACGGGUGCCAUGUCAAAGGAUCUGCCACUGGACACCAACAGCAGCAGCGGCAGCAAUAGCCAAGGACGAGCUCAGUAUCUUUCGGCCACCUGCGUUGUAUUCACCAACUACUCGGGCGAUACGGCCAGUGUGGUCGAUGAACAUUUCUCCCGAGCACUUAACUACAACAAUAAGGACGCUAAAGAAAGCAACAGUCCAAUGUCAACUCGCAAUUUCCCACCAUCGUUUUGGAACAGCAAUUACGUGCACCCCCUACCCGCGCCCACACAUCCACAGGUUAGCGACUUGUACGGCACAGCGACGGACACAGGCUACGCCACAGAUCCUUGGGUGCCGCAUGCGGCGGCAGCACACUAUGGAUAUGCGGCGCAUGCGCACGCGGCACAUGCGCAUGCCUAUCACCACAAUAUGGCGCAAUACGGUAGCCUGUUGAGACUGCCACAGCAGUACAGUCAUGGUUCAAGGUUACACCACGACCAGCAGACGGCUCAUGCGCUGGAAAGUGCGGCGGCUUACUCGAGUUACCCAACAAUGGCAGGCUUGGAAGCUCAAGUGCAGGAAUCAUCAAAGGAUCUGUAUUGGUUCUGAAGAACCACAUCAAGUGUGUUAUCCUUUCGCUUCAACCAGCUGACGUGUGCCGUCUACAAAAACACAAAGGAGAGCUGUUGUUUAUGUAUAAUAAUAAAAUAAAAAAAUACGCCCAAAUACUUAAAAGAAUUCACAAAAAAAUACUAAGAAAAUGAAAUGAAAUGUGCAAGCUUACGUUUGAGAAAUCUACUACAAAUUAACAAAGAAAUGCCUAUAAAUAUAAAAAUCAUUUACAUCUACAAUUUCAGGUUUAAUUAUUGUAGCUAAUUACAUGUGUACAAUACCUACAUACAUACA